AACGCAACCUCCCGUGGAUCCUCUCUUCUCCUCUUUUCUUCUCUCGCUGCGUCUCUCUCUUCUGUGACGCAAGCCAAGGCAAAAUACAAGAGAAAGCGAGCGGGGGAGGGGCCGGGCCUCCGAGGCAUCGAUCGAUCUCUCGCGAGCGGCGGCGCCAUGAGGCUCCUCGUCCCCGACGGCGUGCGCGGCCAGAGGCUGCCGUGCGAGUCCCCCGCGCCGGCGUCCCCCGCGCCAGCGCCGGGGGGCGGGAGGACGGUCGUGGUGGGGAUCAGGAGGGACGCCGCCAGCCGGGAGCUCCUCACCUGGGCGCUCGUCAAGGUCGCCAAUGCCGGGGACCGCGUCAUCGCGCUCCACGUCGCCGCCGCCGCCGCCGACGGAUUGCUGGUGGGAUUGGAUGAGCGGAGCAGGGCCGCGGAUUCGCUCGCGUCGGUGCUCGCCGUGUACGACGGCUUCUGCAACCUUAAGCAGAUUAAUUUGGAGCUUAAGGUUUGUGGAGGAUCAUCUAUUCGGAAAACUCUGGUAAAAGAAGCGGCUUCUUGUGGCGCUGCGCAUCUGAUACUCGGUGUUGCAAAGAAUUCACGGUCUUUUGGAUCAUCCUCCACUUCAGUUGCCAAGUACUGUGCAAAGAGAGUUCCGACGGGCUGCUCGGUCCUUGCAGUGAACAAUGGCAAGGUCGUUUACCAUAGAGAUGCGGGCCAUACGGUGCAACAAGAACUGUACCAAAGCACAAGCACAAUGCCAGAGACUCCGAGGAGGAGCUACCGGAAACUCUUGACAUCCAUGAUAGGAGACAAACUUUGGGAUGACUAUGGAAAGGACAUCAAGUCCCCAUCUCGUGCUGUCACCGUGCCAAAAGAAGUUUCAUUAUCAUUGGUCCCGAUGAAAGGUUAUCGACGUGAAUCGCCAGAAGCAGCAACAGGCUGGCCCCUCCUAAGGAAGAAGUUCUUGCCAGACCAGAAAGCUUCCCUGCCUGACAAGUCUAAGAUGUCUGUGGUGCAGUGGGCAAUGCGGCUCCCCAGCCGGUAUUCGGCAGUUUCACCAGUCCAUUCAGAGUACAGAACCAGAACACCAGAUUCCACCACCAAUACCAGUCAUAUUCUCCGUGACCGGGUGGUUAUCCCUUUGAGGACCAAUACAGGAAGGUCUUCUGUGGUGAUCGAAGAACUGGAAAAGGAAACACCAGAAGAGCUGAUGUUGCUCAAAGAGAAAUUCUCAUCCAUUUAUUCUUCCUUCAGUUACAGUGAGCUUGCAAAGAUCACUUCUGGUUUCUCACCUGAGUGUAUAGUUGGACAAGGUGGCACUAGUCAAGUUUACAAAGGUUGUUUGGCAAAUGGCAGGGAACUGGCAGUGAAGAUCCUAAAGUAUUCCGAUGAGUUACUGAAGGAGUUUGUCUCAGAGAUUGAGAUUGUCAGCUCUCUCAGCCACAAGAACAUCAUAUCGCUCAUUGGUUUCUGCUUCAAGAACGAUGACCUUCUGUUAGUGUAUGAGUACUUGCAAAGAGGCAGCCUGGAAGAGAUACUGCAUGGUGAAAAAGAAUGCAAGAACAUAUUUGGCUGGACUGAGAGGUUGAACGUGGCUGUGGGAGUUGCUCACGCACUGGAUUAUCUCCACGGUAAUGACAACAGUCGUCCAGUGAUCCAUAGGGAUGUCAAGUCAUCAAACAUCCUCAUCUCAGAAUGCUUUGAGCCGAAGUUAUCGGACUUUGGCCUUGCAGUCUGGGCUGCUGAUGCAACUUCUCAGAUGACAUGCAACGAUGUUGCAGGAACUUUCGGAUACUUAGCUCCUGAAUACUUCAUGCACGGCAAGGUGAACAACAAAAUUGAUGUGUAUGCUUUUGGUGUCGUCCUUCUUGAACUCAUUUCGGGCAGGAAACCGCUUUGCACUGGUUGUCCAAAAGGGCAGGAGAGCCUAGUUAUGUGGGCUAAUUUCAUCAUACAAGGAGGAAAGCUCACACAACUUGUAGAUCCCAACUUGCCUACUGAAGGCCAUACUGAUGAAGUUGAGAGGAUGACCCUAGCUGCUUCCCUCUGCAUCAGACAGGCACCUCAGAACCGUCCUCACAUUGAUGUUGUUCUGAAGCUACUCGAAGGUGGCAAUGAUAUUCUCAAGUGGGCUAGAUCACAGAUUGGAUUGUCAUGCGAGAGCGAUGGCGAUGGAGGUGUGAUGACACCGCCAGCUCUAGGGAGCAACACCAACAUCCAGUCCUAUAUCAAUCUCGCAUUCGAUGUUGACGAUGAUUCUACCUCUGUCAGCAGCAACGACUUCAUCACAGCGAAUAUGUCCUUGGAAGAGUAUCUACGGGGAAGAUGGAGCCGAUCAUCGAGCUUCGAUUGACCAAUCCAUGGCAGAGUUACCCUUUUAGUGUAUAUAUCUGUUUUUUCCUCUUUCCUUUUUCAUGUUUUAGUUGCAUUCUUGCACCUUGGAUGAGAGUUGGCACGUGCAGUACCCUCCACCAAGAAUAUCCUUUGAUUAUGCCUUAGUUAUAUUUUUUUCAUUUGGGGGUCUUUUCUCGUCUCCAAAGAGACCCCCCUCCCCCCUAAACUCUCUGAAGAGACCUUGUCAUACCCAGGUACUCUCAUCCAAAGGGAUGAGAAUGAAAUGAAAUUGUGGGUUUCUUCCCACAUCCAACUCAA